AUGUCCGGACCGAUAGUCAGUCGUGCGCAGACACCCGGCGGUGAUGUUCAAAUAGGUAUAACGGUGGGUUGUGUUGUCUGUAAUAGGACUGACAAGUUGUUAAGAUGUUCACGGUGCAAGGCCGUCUUUUAUUGUACUAAAGAACACCAGAAACGGGACUGGAAACGUCAUAAAGAAUUUUGUGCGAUUCAUUCUAUGGAAUCGAUCGUAUCAGAUACAGUUUCGGCUACUAGUCAAAAUUCCAUUCUAAAAUCUAAUAAGAAGGAAUCAUGUUUAAAGAACUGCCAGAUUUCAACUGCACCAGUGGUUUCUAACCUAAGCGAGAAAUCAGUGUUAGGAAGAACGCGAGAAUCAAACACUGUUCCAGAUGUACAUAAUAACGUGAAACAUCUUGAAGGAAUCAACAAACAGACAGAAAAAAUAAAAGGACAAUUAGAUCAUAAGGAAAGCCAAAAUUCCAAAAGAAAAUCUAAUAACAUUAAAACAAAAGGUACUCGUACUAACAGAGUAGAUGGAUGGACUUCUCCAAUAACAUAUGAAGGAAGUUCUGAAGAUACAAUCUUAGGUGCCAGAACAGAAUCAUUGAAUCCUGCUUUACAAGAUUCAAGAAUUCUUGAUAAUUUACAAGACAAUGAAUUAGAUAUGCCUACUCAACAUCAUAACGGUAUGAAGAACUUUCCAGAGGUUCAUUUAACUCGUGAAGAAGAACUUCUACCACCUUUUCUCCAUAAAAAUAAAAAUAAUCUUGAAAAAUUAAUAGACGAUAUAAGCAGAAAUGUGAUUAGAGACAUGGAUGAAUAUGGUAUGUGUGUGGUAGAUAAUUUUCUAGGAACGGAAAAAGGUGGUGCAGUGUUAAAAGAAGUUUUAAAUAUGUACAGUGCUGGGUUAUUUAAGGAUGGACAAUUGGUUUCUAAUAAAGCAGGUGCAAAUGACUUAAAGACAAUUCGUGGUGAUCAAAUAACGUGGCUUGAUGGUAAAGAAAAACAAUGUCAAAAUAUUGGGAUGCUUAUAUCUCAAGUUGAUGCAGUCAUUAUGAGGGCAAAUAAAAUGUGUAAUAAUGGAAAAAUGGGAAAGUACACAAUCAAUGGAAGGACAAAGUUGCAAAUAUGUUAG